ACAGAAUUCAUCCUUUCCAAUUGGUCCUAAAAUCUCUCAUACAUCAUUCAUUCCAAGUCUAACUCUCUUAUUAUACUUUCCGCGCAGCAGAGGCAUGGGAUUCAUCGCGAGGCAAGGUGUCUUAGGCCCAAGUAUAGGAUCUACCGACGCAUUGGGUUAUUUGACCAAACCCCCCUCUUUCUCUCUCUAAACCAAGUCGAAAGCCAGCCAGGCUCUCUCUCUCCUCUCUGGUUCCAGUUCCCAACUGCUCUCUCUCUCUCUCUCUCUCUCUUACGUCGGGGAAGGCCGGACAGAGUGUUUUCCCAAUUUUCUCUCCACGCGCUCCCCUCUCUCCCUCCAAAAUUCUGGAUGGCGAAUUCCGGCGAUGAAACAGCCGGAAAAUUACCCCCUUUAUCGGAGAAAGGCACAGAAUCUGAGGCAUCAACCCCAGCUCCGGCCACUGACACUGAAAUUCGGGGUUCGACUGCCGUUUCUUCGAUUCUGAGCAGAUGGGAGAGAGAGGAUUUGAUAAAGAGAAGUGGGCUUGUGUUAAGGGGUUUAGCUCUAUUAUUCGCCUUGCUCUCCUUCUUGAUCAUGGCCACCAACCAACAUGGGGGUUGGAUGGAAUUCGACCAUUACGACGAGUACAGGUACAUUUUGGGAAUUGCAAUUCUGGCAUGUUUGUACACCGCAUGUCAGGUUGCACGAGAUAUUCAUCGGCUUCUCACCGGAAAAGACAUAAUCACACGACCAUCGUCUUUUUAUGUUGACUUUGUUGGCGAUCAGGUGAUGGCGUAUUUACUUAUUUCUGCAUGCUCGGCUGCAAUACCCCUCACCAACAGUAUGAGAAAAAAUGUGGAUAAUCUGUUCACAGACAUGUCUAGUGCUUCCAUAAGUAUGGCAUUCUUUGCUUUCACAGCUCUUGCCAUCUCUGCACUAAUUUCUGGCUACAAGCUAACGCGCCAGGCUUACAUCUAAAUAACAUUGUAUUGUAAUUGGUUUACCUCUUUAUUUCUUCAUUCUUUUUUUCUGUGUGUUAUGAAUAUUUCUUUGAAUGUUGUAUAUACUCUGAGAAUGCUGGAUUUUGGUUUGAUUUUCUAAUAUUCACUCAUGGCCAUGGGCUUUGUUUUUUAUUCA